CCAGACCUGAAACCCAUUCUCUUUGGGCUCUUCCUAUCCAUGUAUCUGGUCACAGUGCUUGGAAACCUGCUCAUCAUCCUGGCUGUCAUCUCUGACUCCCACCUCCACACCCCCAUGUACUUCUUCCUCUGCAACCUGUCCUUCGCUGACAUUUGUUUCUCCUCUGCAAUGGUCCCAAAGAUGAUUGUGGAUAUCCCAACUCACAUCAAAGUUAUCUCCUAUGUGGGCUGCCUGACACAGAUGUCUUUUGUUUCAAUGUUUGGAUGUAUGGAUGACAUGCUUCUGACAGUGAUGGCCUAUGACCGGUUUCUGGCCAUCUGCCACCCCCUGCACUAUGCAGUCAUUAUGAAUCUUCACCUCUGUGUCUUACUACUUUUGGUGUGUGUCUUUAUUAGCCUUUUGGACUCCCAGGUGCAAAAUGUAACUGCCUUGCAAUUUACUUGCUUCAAGGAUGUGGAAAUUGCUAAUUUUUUCUGCCAUCCUACUGAAAUUUUUAACCUUUCAUGUUCUGAUACCUUGAUAAAAACUUUUGUCACAUAUUUGGUUGGUACAAUGGUAGGCUUUUUUCCCAUGUUAGGGAUCCUUUUCUCUUACUGUAAAAUUGUUUCCUCUAUUCUAAAAAUAUCCUCAUCAGGUGGGAGAUACAAAGCCUUCUCUACCUGUAGUUCUCACCUGUCAGUUGUUUGUUUAUUUUAUGGAACAGGCCUCACAUCAUAUCUUGGUUCAUUUGUGUCAUAUUCUCCCAGGGAGGGCAUGGUGACCUCAUUGAUGUACGGUUUGGUCACCCCUAUGCUGAAUCCCUUCAUCUACAGCCUGAGGAACAGGGACAUCAAUAGCACCCUCAAGAGGCUCCACUGUUAA